UUUAUUUAUUGUUUCACGGAAAUCAGCUUUUAGUAUAAUGACAAUUUUUUCAACUUGAUUAUAUUUAACAAUGAUAAUUUGUCUUAUAGUUUAAUAAUAUGAAGAACGGCGCUGCUGUAAAUUAAUUGUUGCGUUUAUAGUGUUUGCAAGAACAGUUAAAGAACAAAAAUGUCAACUGAAAACAUCGAUAUAUCUACAAUUUAUAACGAAAAUAAACUCAACGAAAAAAUAGAUGCAAAAGAAAUAUUCGACAAACUUAGAGAAGAAUUUGAUAUUGAAACAACCAACAAAAAAAGUGAAAAGGGAUGUGAAAACAAAAAAGUUGAAAUAAUUGUUUGUGGUCCAAAGGGAAAUGAAAUCAACUCUUAUAAAGUCAUUAUUUGGGCAAGUUAUGGAUACUUCCUCUAAUCAAUAUAUAAGCACUCGCGUUGGUACAUCUUAUAAAUUUGUUAAUGAUAAUGUUAUUAUUUGGGAUCCAAAGGAACUUAACAAAUGGAGCAAGAUUUCCAUAGAUGACUUUUGGAAAGAAUGUUUUCAGUAUACAACAGAUUUGCUAUCUUUUUGUCUUUUUUGCGUAGGAACAGGGGCUAAUGCAGAUACAAGCCUAAUAAAGUACAUGUUCGACAAAUAUGUUUUUAAAAACAAUAUACCGUUGUUCUGGGUUAUCACAAAAGCGGACCAAGCUGAUAUUAGUCAAACAAAUGCGUUUGUUAACGAAGGAGUUAAACUACUUUGUGACGUCAUUAAAGUUAUUCAACCAACUAUAGCAUGGAAAACAGUAAAGAGUUUUAUUUUUCGAAUAAACUCAAUAAAAUCUUGUAUAAACAUUCCUAACCAACCAGAAACAAAAAUUAAAAAGUUUGAAAUAAAAACUUUGAAUAACAUUUUUGCGGAAUACAUACCUAUGUCUUUACAGCAAAAUUUAAUGCAACUACUCUGCAUAAUAUUGGAAGUAGGGUUAGGAUUAUUGUUAUUGUUUUUGUAAAAAUUUGAUACAAUAACAAUUACAAUACAAUAGUAUUGUAUUGUAAUACCAGAGAUGCAAUUAAAACAUU